AUGGCAGGCGGUGCUCUCGUUACUGGUCCUGGAAAGAGCUAUCCGGGAAACCUCACGUGCAGGGUUUUCAUCACCUGCAUCGUCGCCGCGACCGGGGGUUUGAUCUUUGGCUAUGAUCUCGGCAUAUCAGGUGGAGUUACGUCGAUGGACUCCUUCUUGAAGGAGUUCUUCCCGUCAGUCUACAAGAAGGAGUCGUCGGUGAAGCCAUCCGACAACCAGUACUGCAAGUUCAACAGCCAGAUCCUGACCCUGUUCACCUCGUCGCUCUACCUGGCAGCGCUCGUGUCGUCCAUGGCAGCAUCCACCAUCACCCGGUCCUUUGGGAGGCGGUUCACGAUGCUCUCAGGCGGCCUCCUCUUCUGCGCCGGUGCAAUCAUCAACGGCUUCGCUAAGUACAUCUGGAUGCUCAUCGUCGGCCGCAUCUUACUAGGGUUUGGCAUUGGAUGUGCUAAUCAGUCUGUGCCAAUCUACGUAUCCGAAACUGCGCCAUACAAGUACCGCGGCGCGAUGAACAUGAUGUUCCAACUAGCGAUUACGAUUGGGAUCCUCAUAGCCAACCUCCUCAACUACGCGUUCGCCAAGAUAGAAGGCGGCUGGGGGUGGCGUCUCAGCCUGGGGGGCGCGGUUGUCCCGGCUUUGAUCAUAAUCCUCGGGUCGUUCUUCCUCCCAGAGACGCCCAAUUCGCUGAUCGAGCGCGGGAAGUUCGAUGAAGCCCGAGCCCAGCUCGUGCGCAUCCGGGGGGUCGAGAACGUGGACGAGGAGUUCGACGACCUCAUCGCGGCCAGUGAGCGGUCGAAGGAAGUGAAGCAUCCGUGGGCGAACCUGUUGAAGAGAAAGUACAGGCCGCAGCUGACGAUGGCCAUAUGCAUCCCUUUCUUCCAGCAGCUGACCGGGAUGAACGUCUUCAUGUUCUACGCGCCGGUCCUGUUCAAGACCAUCGGGUUCGGGAGCACUGCUGCGCUCAUGUCGGCCGUGAUCACGGGAGGGGUGAACGCCCUCGCAACGUUCGUCUCAAUCUUCGCCGUCGACAAAUUCGGGAGGAGGUUUUUCUUCUUCGAGGGCGGACUCCAGAUGCUCAUUUGUCAGGUGGUGAUUACGGUGGCCAUCGCUCUCAAAUUCGGGAUGAGCGGCAACCCCGGCACGCUGUCCCACUCGUAUGCCUUGACCGUCGUGGUGGCGAUCUGCACCUACGUCGCCGGCUUCGCGUGGUCGUGGGGCCCGCUGGGCUGGUUGAUCCCUAGCGAGAUAUUCCCCCUGGAGAUCCGCUCAGCAGCACAGAGCAUCAACGUUGCGGUGAACAUGAUCUUCACCUUCUUCAUCGCGCAGAUCUUCACCCUCAUGCUGUGCCGGCUGAAGUUCGGGCUCUUCACGUUCUUUGCUUGCUGGGUCGUGAUCAUGAGCAUCUUCAUCUACAAGUUCCUGCCGGAGACCAAGGGCAUCCCCAUCGAAGAAAUGCACCAUGUGUGGGAGAAGCAUCCUUAUUGGAGCAAGUUCGUUAAGGGAAAUGGCAACAGCAGCGGUAAUGGUAAUGUCGGCGGUGGCGGCGGCGGCGGCGACAGUGAUAAGCCCCAGUCCGAGGAAUAG